AUGGAGAAGGACAGAGACCACAUGUCUGGGAGGAUAUUAGAUCUCACCCUAGAGAUGAUCUACUGGAUCACUGGAGAGUCACUGUGUUUAUUUCCUAUAGAUGGAUCCAGUAGUAUAAAUCCCCCAGAGAGAUGUCCCCGUCCUCUAUAUCCCCAGGAUUGUAAAGAGGAAGAGGAGGAUAUCCCACUGGACCAUCAGGUUCUACAUGUGGGAUCCUUGCAGGAAAGUUAUGGACUUCUUGAGUCCUCUCGUUCCACCAAAUCAGUGUCAGUGAAUGGGGAAGAAUGGGUUACAGGCUCCCCUGGGAAUCUCCUUUUAUCUCCCUAUUAUGAUCUAGAAGAUAACCAAACACACUGUGUGAAAAACAGAAAUGGACAUAAACUGGGUGAAAUUUUUGUACGUUCUAAAUGUGCGGAACAUUUUGAAAUUAUACUUCCUCAUGUUGAAAGCCCUCAACAAACUCACACAGGGGAGAAACCAUUUUCAUGUUCAGAAUGUGGGAAAUGUUUUAGUCAGAAAUCGGGUCUCCUUAAACAUCAGAAAACUCACACAGGAGAGAAGCCAUUUUCGUGUCCUGAAUGUGGAAAGUGUUUUGGUCGUAAAUCAAUUCUUGUGGAUCAUCAGAAAAUGCACACAGAGGAGAAGACAUACUCAUGUACAGUAUGUGGGAAAUGUUUUAAGUAUAAAUCAAAUCUUCGUGAACAUCAAAGGACUCACACAGGAGAGAAACCAUAUUCAUGUUUGGAAUGUGGAAGAUGUUUUAGUAUGAGAUCAGAUCUUUAUAAACAUAAGAGAAUACACACAGGGGAGAAACCGUAUUCAUGUGCAGAAUGUGGGAAAUGUUUUGGUCUCAAAUCGGGUCUUGUUAAACAUCAGAGAAUUCACACAGGAGAGAAGCCAUUUUCUUGUUCAGAAUGUGGAAAAUGUUUCACAGAUAGAUCGUAUGUUGUUAAACAUAUGAAUACUCACACAGGGGAGAAGCCAAAUUCAUGUUUGGACUGUGGAAGACGUUUUACUAUGAGAUCAGAUCUUUUAAAACAUCAGAGAAUUCACACAGGGGAGAGGCCCUUUUCAUGUACAGAAUGUGAGAAAUGUUUUAGCAUAAAAUCGAGUCUUGUUAAACAUCAGAGAACUCACACAGGAGAGAAACCAUUUUCUUGUUCAGAGUGUGAUAAAUGUUUUAGCCUAAAAUCAGGUCUUGAUAAGCAUCAGAGAGUUCACACAGGAAAGAAGCCAUAUUCAUGUUCAGAAUGUGGUAAAUGUUUCAGUCAGAGUUCGGGUGUUGUUAGACAUCAAAUAAUUCACACAGGAGAGAAACAAUAUUCUUGCCCAGAAUGUGGAAGAUGUUUUAACUACAAAACGACACUUAUUGGCCAUCUGAAAACCCACACAGGGGAAAAGCCGUUUACCUGUCCUGAAUGUGGGAAAUGUUUUACUGAAAAAUCAAGUCUUGUGGAACAUUUGAGAACUCACACGGGAGAGAAGCCGCAUUCAUGUACAGUAUGUGAGAGAUGUUUUACCCAUAAAUCAAGUCUUACAAAACAUUUGAGAACUCACAAGGAAAAGAAACAAUAGUCGUGCAGUGUUUGGUAAACGUUUUAUCCAGAAAUCAGAUCAUGUGGAACAUCAGGAUGCCUGCUGAGUAGAAAACCAGAUUGAUAUUCAUAUAUUGUAGCAUGGGUGGAGUUCCUGUGUAGGACCUGUAAAAGUUUUGAUCAAUCGGGGUCUCAGUGCUAAGAUUCCUUCCAAUCCCUAGAUUUAUAGACAGGAGAGGCGGAUGGCAGCAUGCCUCAGUCCAAAGGAUAGGGGAUAAGAUGCCUGAUUGCAGGGGUCCCGCUGCUGGGGACCCCUGCAAUCUUUCAUGCAGCACCCUGCUAUAAUCCCAAGCGGUGGGACCCCCGCGAUCAGGCAUCUUAUCCCUUAUCCUUUGGAUAGGGGAUAAGAUGUCUUAGGGCUGGAGUACCCCUUUAAAGGGGUACUCC